AUGACGACAGUUGACACCGAGACAUCGGCACCAAAUGGUGGUUACGAUGAGACGCAGACUACUUCCAAAAGUGCUAAGAAUGUGAAGCGGGUCCAAGAAGCUGCCAGAGGAGAUAUUCAGUUGCAAGCAAAGAAAAUUAAGACACCCUCAUGUAACGAAUUUCUAAAACCUUCAGUUGAAGGCGGUGAUUCACGGCUCGACACGUUCUCCAAUGGUGGCGGGAACCCUGACUUCCGUGGAAGGGCGGGCCGCCAAGUCAUGCGUCCCCAGGUAAGCCCCCAGCCGCAGCCCCAACCCCUGCUGACUCACGCGCGCACGCAGGUGCCGGUGACGGCAGCACGCGUCCACGCUCAGCUGAAUCAGCGCCAGCGUACGUGCUCCCAGCUCACAUCGCGCCUGAAGGGGCGGAGGGGCGGUCGCCCACCCCCGCCCCCGCCGCAGCCCUCUGGCCGCGUGGCGUCGCGUUGCGACCGCACUCAAUCGCUGCCCGCUCCCACCCCACGCACAGUGGUUUGCUUCGCCCGUCCUGUAGUUCCUCUGACGGCCGUCGAGGGUCGCGAAGCGCUGCUUCCUUGCAACGUGACGCCAUCCAUCGCCGGCGACGACGUAUUCCUCGUCCUCUGGUCCAAAGACGCCGACCACAUUUACAGCUACGACGCGCGCGACCGGCCCAUGCAGGCGGGCGCACACUGGCGGGACAUGGCGUUGGUGGGGGACCGCGUCUUCUUCCGCACGGCGACGUCGCCACCCGAGUUGGCCAUCGGCGAAGUGCGUGAGAGCGACAAAGGGCUCUACCGCUGCAGGGUCGACUUUCGGGAGUCGCCCUCCAGGACCACCCGCAUCCGACUCGACGUCGUUGUUCCUCCGCAGGCGAUGAGGAUAAUCGACACACACGGCAACGAGCUGCAGCGCCUGACGAUGCCGUACGUGGAAGGCGACACCAUGAGGCUGACGUGUAUGGUGUCCGGAGGGAGGCCACCGCCCACGCUGCGCUGGUGGCGAGAGGACAGCGUGCUGGAGUCCAGGGCGCUGGAGACGGCGUUCCCCAGCGUGCGCGAGCAGAUGCUCAUCCUGCCGCGGCUGUCGCGCGCAGACCUGCACGCCUCCUUCACGUGCCAGGCCGUCAACAGCGACCUCAUCCCGCCCAUGACGGCCACCGUGCGUCUCGAGAUGAACCUGCGGGUGACCAACGUCCAACUUGAGCCACCAGAGGAGCCGCUGUCGGCCGGUCGCGUGCACAGCAUAGAGUGCCGAGCCGAGGGGUCCAGGCCGUCUGCUCUUAUCACCUGGUGGCUGGGGGAUCGACCCUUGCCCGACACUCUCUCCUUCCAGCAGGUGUCACUGGAUGGCAGCGAGACUACAUCGACGCUGACGUGGACGCCGGCGCAGGCGGAUCACGACCAGCUAUUGCGCUGUCUGGCGUCGAACCCGCGCCUCAACGUGCCAGCCAUGGAGGACACCCUGGUGCUGAACGUGCACUACGCUCCAGUGACGCGGGUACACGUGGAUUCUGAGGUGGUGCACGAGGGAGCAGAUAUUCUGCUGCAGUGCGAAGUCACAGCCAACCCAGCGGCGUACAAGAUCACUUGGAGGAAAGACGACCUGGAGCUGGAAGACAGCGAAGACGUGACUGUGAUGGGGGAAGCCCUGGCGCUGCGCUCGGUGACCAGGGCGGCGGCUGGCGGCUACUCGUGCGUCGCCUCCAACGUCGAGGGAGACGGCCAGAGUCUGGAGGUCGACCUGCGAGUCAUGUUCGCGCCCGUGUGCCGGCCCGGCCAGCGCAGCCUGUACGCCGUGGCGCGCCACGAGGAGGCGCGCGUGCUGUGCGAAGUGGACGCCUUCCCUCCGCCGGCGCCGGACGGCUUCCGCUGGGCGUUCAACGGCAGCGCCGAGACCGUCGACGUCCCGGCCAGCAGGUUCACCUCCUCGGGCCGCUCCUCGCAGCUCACCUACGCCCCCGUCACCGACACUGACUACGGCUCAGCCUUCUGCUGGGCCACCAACGCCGCCGGCCGCCAGAAGCAGCCCUGCGUCUUCCACAUCGUCCCAGCAGGCGCCCCCGACCCGCCGGCCAACUGCUCGGUGCUGAACCAGACGUCGCACUCGGUGGACGUGCGCUGCACGGAGGGCUUCGACGGCGGCCGGCCGCAGGUGUUCCUGCUGGAGGCUGCCGAGGCGGCGUCGCGCCUGCCGCUGCUCAACGUGACGUCACGCGCGCCCGCCUUCCACGUGGGCGGCCUGCAGCCCGGCGUGCAGCUGGUGCUGCGCGUGUCCGCGUCCAGCGCCAAGGGCCGCAGCCGAGCCGUCUCCCUGCGCGCCGCCACGCUGGACGGGCCCGAGAGGAUCGCCGGGGAGCUGCGCCAGUUGGAGCUGUGGCAGCUGGUGACCGUGCUGGCGGCGGCAGUGGCGCUCCUGGUGGGCACGGCCGCAACCAUCGUGGUGCGCCGGCACCGCAGGCACCAGCAGAGCCAGCGCCGAGACAACGCCAGCCACAAGCCGGCCUCCGUCUUUGUGCGCGACCCCGAGGACCCCGACGUGGUUCCCCAGAGGACGCCGGCCACUUCCAAGGGCUCACCCACCGUGCCCACCUGGUCGGACUGCCAAUCGAGCCAGGAAGACGGCCUGAGCGAGCAGGAGGCGGAGGGGGCGCUGUGCUGCGACAAGCUAAUGCAGACCAUCGACGAGUGCGCGCUGCCCGAGCCGCGCUUCCCGCCGCACAGAUGGGUGCCGCGGGAGACGGUGACGUACGCGCAGCUGCAGCUGACGCCGACGCCGACGGUGCGCAGGCUGCACACCAUUCCGGAAGUGGUGCAGUACGCGCACAUACAGAGACGCAGCGCGGACUACCGACUGGUGGCUAAUGGUGUCCUAGAUGUAGAUGAGAGGGCGUACCGAUACAGCACCACCGACAAGAGAGCAUGCGGCUUCCGCUGA